AUGAAUCACGGUCAACAGGAUAUGUACUAUCAAUCACAUAUCUCAGCAGGGCAGCCACCACCCCCACAAACGGUGACAUCUGGCGGUAUGGGGCAUUAUCCACAACAGCACCAGCAGCCACCAUUACUUCAGCCUGGGCCAGCACAGUAUGCUCCAGGACCUGCGCCGUACAGUCAGUAUGGCUAUCAAAAUGGUAUGACCUCUCCACAAUCAGCUGGUCAUCAAGUUCCAGGCUCAAUGGGUCAAGGAAACGUUCUCCCACUGCCAGCGAUGGCCGCGGUUCAACCCGGUAUGCCAGGUCAAGGUGGGUAUGGUGGUCAGCAGGGUUUUGAUACCACUGGCCAAAUUGCUCCACCAGGAAUGAAGCCAAGGGUGACCGCAACAUUGUGGGAAGACGAGGGCAGUUUAUGUUUCCAAGUUGAGGCCAAGGGAGUGUGUGUUGCCAGACGAGAAGAUAACCACAUGAUUAAUGGUACUAAACUGUUGAACGUAGCUGGAAUGACCCGUGGCCGAAGAGAUGGCAUCUUGAAAAGUGAAAAGAUGAGACAUGUGGUCAAAAUCGGGCCAAUGCACCUGAAGGGAGUUUGGAUACCGUUCGAGCGUGCUUUGGAUUUUGCGAACAAGGAGAAAAUUACAGAGCUUCUGUAUCCUCUGUUCGUUCACAAUAUCGGUGCUCUUUUGUACCACCCAACCAAUCAGACUCGCACAAAUGCAGUUAUGGCAGCUGCUGAGCGACGGAAGCAAGAGCAGAAUCAGAUGCGGAAUAAUACCCAAGCACCUGGUUUACCUUCUCUGCAUCAGCAUCACCAUCACUCGAUGAAUAACUCAAUUGGUGGCCACCUCCCACCCGCACCACAGCAUUCCCUUGCACCACAUCCUGUUGGACGCCCCGGCAUAGACCGAGCUCAUACCUUCCCCACUCCACCCACGAGUGCUUCAAGCGUGAUGGGCAACAUGGGGAGCUCGGAUGGAAACUUUCAAUGGGGCCAACCUCAGGGCGGAAUGCCCAAUGCGCAAGGUUCAAACCCUCUCUCUAUCGAUACUGGGUUAAGCAAUGCGCGAUCGAUGCCAACGACCCCUGCCACCACUCCUCCUGGCAGCUCCAUUCAAAGCAUGCAGCAGUACCAGCAGCCACCUCAGCAGCCGUAUGAUGCUUCCCGACAGAUGUACUCUGCGCCACCUGCUCAACAGAGUGUUUACGCUCAACCUCCAAACGGCCAACAAAAUAUGCCUCGUUAUUCGCAACCAAAUUCCUAUAUCAAGAGUGAAAUGGGUCCACCACUAGCGAGAGCAGGAGAGCCUGAGCACCACGAAUCCAAGGAUGCGAAUGGGAUGAUUCAUCACCCGCAGACUCAGCAACAGGUUGGUCAUAGUCAAGGUGAAGAGGAGGCAGAUCAUGAGCAUGAUGCGGAGUAUACCCAUGACAACUCGUCGAAUUAUGAUGCGAAUCGUGCAUCAUACAACUACAACCAAAACCCAGCAGUCGGUUCAUUACCAAGCGAACAUCCUCAUUUGUCCCCUGAAAUGACAGGCUCUCCAAAUCAUCCUGCCUCCGGACGAGCCACUCCAAGAACGGCUUCCGCUCCUCAGCCAUACUACCAGCAGCAGGGUGGUUACAGCACCCCUCCUCGUGUACCACAACCACCAUCCAGUAAUCUGUAUAAUGUAAUCAGCAGUGAACGUGGGACUGCUAACGGUAGCACCUCGGGCGAUGUUUAUGGCUCCCAAUCAGAUUUGGGUAAUUCGAUUCCAAAUGGCUAUCCAAGUCAACAACCUGUUAUGAACGGAGCUCCUGCCAGCAACAAGCGCGGGCGGGAUGAUGAAGAUGAUGGACGUCCUUCCAGCCGCGGACCAGGAGCCGAAGGUGAAUUGAAGAGGCGCAAGACCCUUCGUGAGGAUUCCGUUUCCGGUCCAGCUUAUGGCGACGCCGCACCCCUAAACCGAGCACGAUCAGUCAUCACCCAAAGACGGCGGUAA